UACGGCUGACCCCUCCGGUUUCUGCGUGCAAUGCCACGUUAGUAGCGGUAGACACAAAUUACCAGCUACUCUCCCAACCUUAAACAAGGAAGAAAACCCAAACUAAGACCAAUUUCGCCGCUGAACCGUAGCCGGUCGUGUCUGCAGCUCCCGUCUCUCUGUCAGGAAGAAUACUCGACAGCAACUAUGCUGAAGUUUUUGCUCCUCUGCACACUGGCUGUGGCCAGCAGGGCUGAGAUCGCCGAGGAAGAAGAUGUCCUGGUGCUGAAGAAAAGUAACUUCGACGAGGCUCUCAAAGCUCACCCCAACAUCUUGGUUGAAUUCUAUGCCCCAUGGUGUGGUCACUGCAAGGCCCUGGCUCCAGAGUAUGCCAAGGCCGCUGGCAUGCUAAAGGCCGAGGGCUCAGCCAUCCGCCUGGCUAAAGUGGACGCCACGGAGGAGACUGAACUGGCACAGGAGUACGGGGUCCGGGGAUACCCCACCAUCAAGUUCUUCAAGGGUGGAGAGAAGGAGACACCCAAAGAGUACUCUGCUGGCAGGCAGGCAGAUGACAUCGUCAGCUGGCUGAAAAAGCGCACAGGCCCUGCCGUCGCCACCCUGGCCGGGGUCACAGAGGCUGAGUCUCUGAUCGCUGACAAUGAAGUGGCAGUCAUUGGAUUCUUUAAGGAUGCAGAGUCUGCCGGUGCCAAGGCCUAUGAAAAAGCAGCUGAAGCCAUAGACGACAUUCCCUUCGCCAUGACCUCUGACGAUGCUGUUUACUCCAAGUUUGAGGUGUCCAAGGACAGUGUUGUCCUCUUCAAGAAGUUUGAUGAGGGGCGCAAUACCUUUGAUGGAGAGCUGACCAAAGAAAAACUCCUGGCUUUCGUCAAGGCCAACCAGCUGCCUCUGGUCAUCGAGUUCACUGAGCAGACUGCCCCUAAAAUCUUUGGUGGAGACAUCAAGUCCCACAUCCUCAUGUUUCUGCCCAAAGCUGCCUCAGACUUCCAGGACAAAAUGGACAACUUUAAGAAGGCCGCAGAGGGAUUCAAGGGCCGGAUCCUGUUCAUUUUCAUUGACAGCGAUGUGGACGACAACCAGCGCAUCCUGGAGUUCUUUGGCCUGAAGAAAGAGGAGUGUCCAGCCAUCCGCCUCAUUACCCUGGAAGAUGAGAUGACCAAGUACAAGCCAGAGAGCGACUCCAUCACAGCAGAGAGCAUCAUUGAAUUCUGCACACUGUUCACUGAGGGCAAACUCAAGCCCCAUCUCAUGAGUCAGGACAUCCCCGAUGACUGGGACAAGAACCCUGUCAAAGUUUUAGUCGGCAAGAACUUUGAGGAGGUUGCCUUCAAUCCCACUAAGAACGUCUUUGUGGAAUUCUAUGCACCUUGGUGUGGACACUGCAAACAGCUGGCUCCCAUCUGGGAGAAUCUGGGAGAGAAGUAUAAGGACAGUGCUGACACCAUUGUGGCAAAAAUGGACUCCACAGCCAAUGAGAUCGAGGCAGUGAAGGUCCACAGCUUUCCUACUCUUAAGUUCUUCCCUGCAGGAGACGAGCGCAAGGUGAUCGACUACAACGGGGAGAGAACACUGGAAGGCUUCACCAAAUUCCUAGAGAGCGGUGGUAAGGAGGGCGGCGCCCCUGCAGGAGACGAUGACGAUGAUGAUCUAGAUGCAGAGGAUUUGGAUGAUGUGGAGGAAGGACAGGAUGAGGACUCUGAUGGUGAGGACGGAGGUGACGACGAUGGACACGACGAGUUGUAAGAGCUGGUAGAGGAGAGAAAGGGAGAGAGAGGAGACGAGUCCCGCCCCAACCCUUCCAACCAGUCACCAUCACUACCUUCACUUCCUUGUGGACCUCCCCUGUCCUGUGAACAUUAAUACUUCCCCUUUAACUGCCUCUCUGUCAGUCAGUCAGUCAGCCGGCCAGUUAGCCAGCUCGCCAGUCAGUCACUCAGUCAAUCCAUCUGUGGUGUGGCAGCGCCUUUUUUUGCCAGCCGCAUCUCCAACCUCGCCACUUCUGGCCAGACUGGUCUUGUCCCACCUGGGGGGACUCUGUGGAACAGCACACCACCUCUAUGAGAGACCUCAAUGCCUUCUCUACAAAGCUCCACAUCAGCUGUUUGCCUUGUAUAUUUGAAACCAAAUGUAAAAAUGGCAUUGAGAUCCACUUUUCAAAAAGGUUGAAUUUGCUCCCCUCCUCUUAAAAAGGAAAAAAAAAAACACCCUCCCAUUGUUCAGUGUGGGUAUGAG